AUGCCUUGCCAUGCAGGAGCACAGAAUAUUGUCUUUCACGCAGCACUGUGGCUCUCACUAAUUGCUGGAACAGGCAUCUUAGCUGCUUGUCUCUAUGGCUGCGUUGUUGCGGGAGGGCCUGCCAUGUAUAUCGACCUGUUUGGUACUCCAGCACGGCUCCUGGUAACUUCUCUUCUUGGGCUUGCAGUUACUCUCCCUCAAGUUUCAAUGGCCAUAGUAGCGACAUGGGCCCAUCUUUCCGGGCUGCGUGGCCGAAUAGAAACGGCGAAGUUGGUACAGGCUCGCACACAAGGGCUUUUGAACUAUGGGGUAGAUGACGAUAACAGCGGAGAGCCGAUUAUGUCAGUCUUCCAUUACAGUACUGCUCCCUUUAAGAAGCGCUCCCCAUCUAUCUUACUUUCUUUGAGAAUACUGGGAUGGAUGUCCGUGGCCAUCUUGACAGUGGAGGCUUUACUAGGCGUGGGAGCAUUGGCCUAUUAUCCUUCCUAUAGUGGUAACUCGGUGACAAGUUUUAGCCCCUUUCUAACUGUGGGCGAGGCCGACACGCAUACUUCCGUCCAGCUAAAUUGGGCCGAUACGAGUCAUCGAGGCAGCAACCUUCUACUCUACCAGGGUGACGAUGUACCCACGUCCAUUGAUAAAGGUGUGUGGGUCUCUUAUGCACCCACUAUUGACAGCAAUGUGUCUCAUGUCGUAUUAAGGGGCCUGAAAGAAGGAAAGACAUACUACUAUCAUAUCAAGUACUCCUCUAAGACUGUACGAAUCAAUAGCUUUACAACAGGAGACCCUGCAGAUAGCCAGAGCAAGUUGCUCUUUUUCAGUGGGCUCAAAGGCAUGCCUUCCUUCGGGCAGGGGCUUAUAGGUGCAGCUGAAGACGGUCAUAACACACUACUUGUGUCAAUCGGUGGGCUAGCAAGCGCAACCAUCGUAGACUGGAAUAAGCUAUUGUCACCAAAAAGCAAUCUCUUAUCGCAAUUCGGUUUAAUUGCAGCAGGAAGGGGAACAAGCGACGUCUUUGCAUCUGCUGAUAAAUAUCAGAAUAGGCUUUUGAAGCCAGUCGCGUUUGAUGCUAUUGUGAAACCAUACCAACCUAAAAUCAGAACUGCCCCAGAAUUGUCUGAAAAAUUCGAUAGUUUGUUGGAUACAUUCCCGUAUUCAAUUAGGAUCCUUUAUAGAAAUAAAGAUCUUCCGACAUUUACUGACGGAGCGCACUACCAUUUUGUACGCGGUCCUGUACUAGUAGUCAUCCUGGAUGUGGUUCAAGAUUACUACAGGGCAUCAUAUAUGGGUUGCCCAGAUUUUACAGUUCUGAGCGGCGAGCAGAUACUAUAUCUCGACGAGGUUCUCACUAAGUAUAGUCAAGAGGUCCAUCCUGAAAUAAGAUACCGCUUUAUUACAAUCCAUGGCGAGUUAUAUCAAUUGUAUGCAGAUAUUCCAUGCGAGAAUAAUUUAGCAGCUACAUUGGAACUGUUAGCCUGCAGGCACAACGCGACUGCCAUCAUAGGGAGAGGCAGUGACGGUUUCACAAUGCACAACCGGACAGAGGCGUGUAGCCUGCUGGGAUAUGCUAGUAGUCUGCUUGCCGUGCAAUUACCUGACGCCGGAGGCUUAUCUGCAUGGGGGCGGAGUCUAUUGCGCAGUUAUAUAGGGGAUUUCUUCCAAUAUUUCAAGGGACGUGCAGAGAAGCAAAGGUGGCCGGCUGAAGUCGUGCAUGGACCCCUAGAUAAUCCUGCAUACGGCUCUUCCACUCUCUUGAUAGCCGCUACUGGAAAUAUAGUACUGCGCGUAGAAUUUUUAACUUCCUCCAGUUCUGAUGCAGCCCAGUGCGAGUUAAUUGCAUAUGAUAUCACUGCACAGAAAGUGGUCUACAAGUUACCUCUUGCGUAA